AUGUCAAGUCUGCGGAUUUUUCUACUUGCCAAUACUCUGGUAUCGCUGGCAAGAGCUUGUACCAUGAUCGCGGUGGGGCGCAACGCAACGGUGGACGGCUCCACACUCGUGGCUCAUACGGACGACGCGGGUUUCGGCGCUGCCGACCUGCGAAUGGUGCAUAUACCAGCUCAAAAGUAUGAGAGAGGAGCGGUGCGUCACGUAUACAACGUACAGCCGGGCUACCCACGACUCGUAACUACAGAGAGAGGACCCGAGUACAAGCCAAAGAAUAACCAAGAGCAGCUUAUGACACCGCUCGGUGAGAUUCCGCAGGUGUCGCACACGUACGGCUACUUUGAACAGGACUAUGGCUUUAUGAACGAAGUACAACUCACUAUUGGAGAGAGCACUAGCGGAGCUAGGACGGUGGGCUGGCCCAUGGACGCAGGUCCACACGGAUACAACAUGUUCGGUAUUGGAGAGCUCACAAGAGUGGCUUUGGAGCGCUGUGAUUCGGCUCGGUGCGCUAUACAGAUUAUGGGCGACUUGGCUACCACGUACGGGUUCUUUAGUGAAGACAGCGGCGACCCGGCCAAUCCAGAUUACGUGAGUGCAGCAGAGACAUUGGGCAUUGCCGACCGUUACGGAGAAGUGUGGGUCUUCCACGUGCUUACAGGUCCGCAGAAUGCUAGCGCUGUUUGGGCUGCACAACGAGUGCUUGAUACCCACGUGGUCGUGGUGGCCAAUGGCUUUGUGAUCCGUGAAAUGAAUCUGGACGAUUCCGAUCGCUUCGUGGCGUCGGGCAACGUGCAUUCCUUUGCUGAGGAGAUGGGGUGGUGGAAGCCGAAGCAAGGCAAGUUUGAUUUCACAGCUGUGUACGCUUCUCCAACAUCGGAUCCCGUCCGCGCUUUAUACGUAGGGCGUCGCAUGUGGCGCGUAUUUGAUCUUGUGGCACCAUCCUUGCAGCUCGAUUCCCGCCUUGGGCAUUAUUCGGAGUUUCCGACGUACCCAUUUUCAGUCGAACCAGACCGGAACCUUGAUGUUUCCGACGUGACACGCUUAUUGCGUGACUACUUUCAAGGCACGCCUUACGACUUAUCCAAGGGUUUCGCCUCGGGGCCGUUUGGGAUGCCGAUGCGGUGGGGAGGCGACGAAAAAGGUGUCGUUGGUGGCUGGGAGCGACCAAUUUCUAUGUAUCGUACGGUGUACAGUUUUGUGCUGCAAGCGCGUGCUCACCUUCCCGAUGCCGUUGGUGGUGUAGCCUGGUAUGGACAAAGCUCGCCCCAUGCUUCGGUGUUUGUGCCAUUCUCCUGUGCGCAGCAAGAGGUGCCUUCCGCGUAUCUUCUCGGCAAGGAAAGCGAGUUCACUCCUGGUUCAGCAUGGUGGGCUUUCAGCUUUGUUAACAACUGGAGCAUGAUACGCUUUGACGCUAUCAGCAAAGACAUCCGCGCCCGCAUUGCUGAGUUGCAGAAGGCAUGCUUUGCUGAGCGGAAGGCGAUGGAACAUCACAUCUAUCGUACCGAGUCCUUAACAACAGCUGAAGCUCGCAUAUACCUACAGGAGCAAUCGAAUCAAUUGGCUUCCAAAGUCGUUGAAGAGUGGUGGGCUUUUGCAUGGAAGCUUGUGGGUAAAUUCACGGACGGCUACAUCACGACGGGUGAAGCUCCUGAGGAAAUGGAGAUGCCCGGUUAUCCGGAAUGGUGGCUCAAGCUCAGCGAGUUCUCCAAGUGGCCAGGCGACACAUUGAGGCCGCCACAUGUCCCGAUGCUGGAGAAACAGCUUGAGCUGUUUAAAAGUCAUCAGGAUGCGAGUACCGAUGUCGUGGGGCAGCGAGUUGCAGCAACGUCUUCGAAUGUUGUCUUAAUUACUCAGCUUGCCAUUGGCGCUGCAAUCGGGGCCGUUGUAGGUGCGUCUGCUACAUGGUUUAUUCUAGCACGCCAGCGUCAAUUUGGGUAUCGAGCCAUUCGUUAA